AAGAAAAUCAAAGAUGACCGAGAAAAGAUAAAGAGACCAAGGUAAAAAAAUAAACAAGACUCUUUCAUUCACCAGUGAAAACAAAGAUUUGACUGAGGAUGUAAUGGAAGUUGUCAAAGCAGCACCAUUCUUACACUUCCGACGGAGGAGCUGUCCCUCUCCCUGACUCGACUCCAUGCACUCCGGCCGCAAAGAAAGGGAAAGCUGAACCUACACUCUCCGAGUUGCAAGAUAACAUCGUGAGGCUUGUGGCUGAAAAAAUAAAAGAAAAUGCGGACAGUCUUGCAGGUCUUAUAAAGAAAAAUGCAGAUAGCAUCGAAGCUUUAAAGGAAUCAUCGGAGUUUCUUUUCAACGAACUGCAAGACAUGAAAACAGAAAUAUCAACGGCAAAAAAGACAAGUAAUGAUCAUCAGAAGAAAAUAACAGGCCUGAAAGACAGAUUGAAUGAGAUGGAACCUGAGGCUGUAUGGCCUACCAGAGCAGGAAGGAGAAGACGUUAAACAGCGUGUGAUUGACAUCUGCAAGGCAGUCAUUCAAGACCCCGAAGAGAAUCUUCGUUGCCAAAUUGAUGUAAGCCAAAGGAUCGGACGGAGAGAGGAUGGCAAAAUUCGGCCGGUGAUAACACGAUUUAUGUCCAGAUCAACCAAAGAAAAGGUAACGAUGGCAGCGCCACCUUCCUCUGGACGCUGGACCUGCAACGAUCAAACCCUGAGCCUGGAGUUCAUCAGUUUUGAAGCCCAAGAAGAGGAGAAAAAGCAGAAAAAUCCAAAAUCAUCUGCAUACCAAGAGCGAAUCAGACAGUAUCUGGAGAAGUGGCAAAAGAAUACUGCGACACCCGCUCAACUGGACGCCUUCAAGAACUCAGUAAAACGCUCACAAAAGGCACAUGUCACAAUUCAGGAUGUUAAAUUGGCAGCGGUCUGUCUGCUGCAGGAGAACGAGGGCUAUCCCAUACCGCCACGCUUCUUACCGCUGCUCAAGAGCAAAGAGAUGGAUGUGUUUCUUGCCAAUCUCCUGCUCUACUUCUCCUGCUUCUUUGAGAAGAAAACUCUGGAGAAAAAACCAAAGUCUCUCAUGGGAGAGGACAGCGACACCGAGCGGAGGAUGGUGGCGGACACGUGUGAUCUGGCACUGAAGCAGCUCGCCCUCUCGUACUCCAGCCUGCUGCUGGGAGAAGCUCCGUCUCAACAGCACCUCGUGGCUUGUGACAGGUUCAAGGUGUCGUCCACUCACAGUGACAUUCAGCUAGAUGAGUGUCUCUACAGUUUUUACAGCUAUGCUGUAUGGGUGACCUUUGAGAGGCGGGACCUGAAGGUCAUCCAGCAGGAGAUUGGUCGCUUGUUCCGCUCAGACAGCUUUAACCCCGCCCUGAAUGAACCAGGUGAUCGGUCUGAGUCUAUGGAGCCUCAACGAACAGCAUUGAACAACAGGAGGUCAGAGCGGCGUCCAGCUCUGAACAAGAUUCUAACCCAGUGUUCGCCUCUGAUGGUCUCUCUGCUGCCCACUCCACAAGAAAACGCCCCGCACCUGUUUGGGGGCUUCAGACGUGGCAAACGGCCCUCGACUGAAGGCUGUGAUUCAGAGGCUCUGAUGGAGGGGCUGAAACAGCAGCUAAAGUCUCUCAGCUUUGGCAUUCUUGGAAAGCCUUUGAGCCAAUUCAGCUCGAAGACACUGAAGCCUCAGGAAGGCCAGAGUGAAGAUGAGGAAGAUGAGGGUGAUGAGGGUAAUGACGGCGAGGUGGUGGACCCUGACCCACAAGUACACAUCAGGAGUAGGAAAACCUCUGUCAUGGGCCAAAGAUCACUGACCACAACUAUAGACGGACACAUCCGCUCUAGGCGUGACGACUUAGCCUCCAGAGCAACCACUGAAGCAGUGUCCUCAGACACCGAAUAAACACAACGUUCUGUCGUGAUGGCGCAGGCUGAUACAGCAGGUCUUUAACUCAAUCACAUCAUUCUCUAUAGGGCACAGCUGAUUGGUUCCCGCUGUAUCAGUAGCCAGUUAGCUUGCUGCUCAACAUAUACUUGCCUAUCGUUUGCUGUAGCAGUUGCUGUACCCUUCCCCAGCUCCAGCUCUGCUACAGGUAAUUCAUGUAUGCUAUAAUGUACAGCAGCAGCAUGUCUAAAGCCCGGGAUCCACUGCAUGAUUUUUGGCUGUCCCAGAUGAAAGAUUGCCAUCGUGAAACAAUCGUGGUGAUUUCUGUGAUCGUGGCUCUUAAUCGGUGGUCCAAUGUCGUACAGUGAGAGAGGUUCAAAGACGGACGUUUUCCCGGUCUUGAGACCAAAGAUAGCCUAUGAUAGUGUGUGUUUGCUGCUAACACCUACAUCUACUGACCAGCCAAUGAAAAUGCAACAUGAAAUCAAUCCCUUCUUCUUUCGCCGCUUCCUUUUUAAAUAAAAAUUACAACUGCCAAAGUGUGAUUCGACAUGGUGUUUUGUUUACCACUAGCGCAUGCUGAUGACUUUUUAUUCUUCUAUAGAAACUUGCAUCGUAGUCUACGAGUCAACAGGUGUUAUCAUCGUACAGUCUACAUGCAUGUCGUACCCAAGUUUAGUGGAUCCAUGUCUCACAGUGUGAUAAAGUAAUGAUCUUAUAGGAUUGAUAAACUCGUGCAGUGUAUCCCGGGCUUUACUUGCUCACAGUGGUGUGUCGAGUGUGUACUAGCAGUGGAAAGUUCCAUACUUGUUUAGCAGCAGCAGACCAAACACAUUAACAUUGUCAUAUUUGUUACCAAGCCAAACUCUCAGAGAGUUGUCAUGACAGAAAUGCAAUACUUCAGUCAAAGUG